AUGGCGUCUGUGAAUGCACUCAUCGGUAGGAUCGACCCUUUUGACCGUUCCGAGGAGGACUGGCAUACAUAUGUAGAGCGCUUAGAUCAGUAUUUUGAGGCCAAUAACAUCAAGGACAAAAAGGUUCCUGCUUUUAUUAGUUUAAUUGGGCCCAAAACUUAUGGACUGUUGAAGAAUCUUCUCGCUCCGGAAAAACCAAGCACCAAGUCAUACAAAGAAUUGGUUGACAUUUUGGGGAAGCACCUUGCCCCCAAACCACUUGUCAUUGCAGAGAGAUUUCGCUUCCACAAGCGUGAUCAGCGGGAAGGCGAGUCUGUCACUGCAUACCUUGCAGAAUUGAGGCGGUUGACCGAAUAUUGUGAAUUUGGAGACUAUCUUAACGAUGCACUUCGUGAUCGUCUUGUGUGUGGUCUACGAGCCGGAAACAUCACUAAACGUCUGCUUGCAGAGGCAAAGCUCACACUCAAGAAAGCCAUUGACAUUGCUACAGCUAUGGAAGCUGCAGCAAAGGACGCAGUUGAAUUUCAACAGCAAUUUAAACCAGAGUCAACCGUUCAUAAAUUUGCGUCAAAGAAACCAACGUCUUCCACUGCAUGUUUUCGCUGUGGAAGGGCGGGACAUUCCCCGAAUCAGUGUCGUUUCAAGGAUGCAACAUGCCAUGAAUGCAACAAAAAGGGACAUAUCCGACCAGCGUGUCGAUCAAAAUCUGACCAACAACCCAGUCGUGGCCCUCCAAAGCAAGGGAAGGGGAAACAAAAGUCAAAACCUAUGAAGUCAGUGGAAAUGACAGAAAAUUAUGAGGAUGCUUCGUCAAUGUUUGUCGGGCGACUGGCCAUUAACAAGUUGGACCAGAACAAAGAUAGUACCAUUUGGGUGACACUAUCCAUUAAUGGUACACCCUUGCGCAUGGAACUUGACACUGGAUCAGCAGUAUCAAUCAUCUCAAAGGGAGAUUAUCUGCACAAAUUCUCCAAGUUGGAACUGCACCCAACCCGCAUGAAACUUCAGACAUACACUGGUGAGAAAAUAACACCAGUUGGUUUGUUGCAUGUGAGUACUGCCUACCAAGGACAACAAUUCUGUGGAGAGCUAUACGUUGUCGACCGUGGAGGACCAGCGCUAUUAGGACGCGACUGGCUCACACACGUUAAGUUGGACUGGCCAAAUAUUUUGUCACUGUCUGUGGAAAAUCAUACUGACACUACAGCUAAGCUGACAGCUUUACUUGAGGAGUAUGAUGAGCUCUUCAAAGAAGAAAUUGGAGAACUUAAAGGUAUCAAAGGUAACCUCAUACUUAAAGAGAAUGCUCAACCAGUUUUCCUGAAGGCUAGACAAGUGCCGUAUGCACUUAGGCCUAAAAUUGAAGCAGAACUUGUUAAGCUUCAACGUGAGAACAUAAUUACACCAGUGGAGACUAGUGAAUGGGCAACACCCAUUGUGCCCGUCGCAAAGAAAAGUGGCGGAGUACGCAUCUGUGGAGACUUUAAAGUGACUCUAAACGCUAAUCUACGGACUGAACAAUAUCCCUUGCCAAAGAUUGAGGAUAUUUUCGCGACACUUGCUGGAGGUCAGCGAUUCAGUAAGCUUGAUUUGAGACAGGCUUAUCUUCAUAUGGUAAUGAAUGAGGAGUCAAGUAAUUUACUCACCUUGAACACUCACAAGGGACUGUACAAAAUGAACCGCCUAGCGUUUGGUGUGUCGUCGGCCCCUGCAAUGUGGCAACGCUCAAUGGAACAAAUUUUGCAGGGCAUUCCAGGGGUACAGUGCAUCCUGGAUGAUAUGAUAAUCACUGGCCGCAAUGACACAGAGCACUUACACAAUUUGGAAAGAGUGCUCAAGGUCCUGCGUGAUCGCGGACUGCGACUUAAUAAGUCGAAAUGCGAGUUCUUUAAGAAGAAGGUGAUCUACUGUGGGCAUGCAAUUGAUGCCCAGGGAUUACACAAGACCCAGGAAAAGAUACAAGCGGUCAACAAUGCUCCACCUCCUACGAAUGUUAGUCAGGUUCGCUCGUUCCUCGGACUCAUUAACUAUUAUCAUCGUUUUUUGCCUGACUUGGCAACAGUGUUACAUCCACUUAACCAGUUGCUAGAGAAGAAUCGCAAGUGGGCGUGGACCCCUGGUUGUGAUAAGGCAUUCAAAGUUGCUAAGACAUUGAUUACAUCUGAUGAAGUGCUAACACACUACAAUCCAGCCUUGCCAGUAAAGUUAGCUUGUGAUGCUUCGCCUUAUGGAUUGGGCGCUGUCAUGUCGCAUGUAAUGCCCAAUAACACCGAGCGACCAAUUGCGUACGCUUCUCGCACGCUUUCCUCUGCUGAGCGUAAUUACUCUCAAAUUGACAAGGAAGCUUUGGCACUAGUUUGGGGUGUCAAAAAGUUUAAUAACUAUCUACAGGGACGGAAGUUUACAUUGGUUACGGAUCAUCAACCACUCACUUCCAUCUUCCAUCCUGCUAAGAGUGUUCCCACGACAACAGCAUCACGUAUGGUGCGAUACGCUCUUUUUCUUGCUAGUCACGACUACGAAAUAGAAUACAAGAACACCACUAAGCACUGUAAUGCGGAUGGACUUUCGCGACUGCCAGUACCUGAGGUUCGGACUGAAGACAUUGACCCGGAUGAUCUUCUCCACAUGUCUCAGCUGGAGAAAAUGCCAGUCACUAGUGCUCAAGUACGCAAAGAAACGGCUCGCGAUAUUGUGCUCUCCCAAGCUUGUGAAUUCACCAUGAAAGGAUGGCCGAACACAUAUGACGCUGAACUUAAACCCUUUAACGUACGCAGGAAUGAACUUUCACUGCACGAUGGAUGUCUUAUGUGGGGAUUACGUGUGAUAAUUCCACUAAAACUACGUGAGACCAUUCUCGCUGAGUUGCAUCAGGGUCACUUGGGAGUUGUCAAAAUGAAAAAUCUCGCUCGUGGAUAUGUGUGGUGGCCCGGACUCGAUAACGACAUUGAACUACUUGCGAAAGGUUGUGCUGGAUGCCAAAAAGUACAGCACAAUCCCAAGUCAGCACCACUCCACACAUGGGAGUGGCCCACAACACCAUGGCAGCGUAUUCAUAUUGACUAUGCCGGCCCAUUUUUUGGCCAAAUGUUUCUUGUAGUUGUGGACGCCCACUCCAAGUGGCCUGAGGUUGUGAGUACGAAAUCUGCAGACUCUACGCGCACAAUUGAAAUUCUACGCAGCAUUUUUGCACGGAAUGGAGUGCCAGAGCAGUUAGUCAGCGAUAACGGCCCACAGUUUACAUCGGACGAGUUUCAAACAUUUCUGAAGCGUAACGGGAUAAAGCAUAUUACAUCUGCCCCGUACCACCCUUCUACGAAUGGGCUCGCUGAACGAUUCGUUCAAACCUUCAAACAAGCGCUGAAAUCAAUGAGUGGGGAGAAGGGUUCCACAGCAGCCAAAUUGGCUAACUUUCUGUUUGCAUACAGGAGUGCCCCACACAGCACGACCGGACAAUCUCCAGCAAUGUUGUUCUUGGGGAGAAACCUUCGUUCACGAUUGGAUAUUCUAAAGCCUAAUGUCCGUCGCCAUGUCAACAACAAGCAAAUGGAUCAGACUGCGUCACACACAUCUGCCAAUAUAACGCGUGAGUUUCACAUUGGUCAAACUGUUUCUGUUCGCGACUACAGAGGCAAUCAAAAAUGGAUACCUGGUGUGGUACAUGCUCGCACUGGACCUGUGUCCUAUGAAGUUUGUGUCGGUCCAAACAUGAUCUGGCGCCGCCAUAUUGACCAACUUCUCGACUCGCACAUUGGGAAACCCCCUAAUCUCAAUGUACCUGUACCCUAUGAUGUCAUACCACAGAUCGUACCAUCGGAAAUGGACAAUCCUACACCAACACCAGUUGAACCAGACCUUACUGAACCUAGUGAAACGUCAUCACCUACUAAACCUUCCAUGUCAGGUAGUCCACAUGUUGUUGAACGUCGCUACCCCGCACGCGAACAUAAACCUCCUGAUAAACUCAAUUUAUAA